AUGGUGAGAGGCGGCAACCCAAACCACGACUCACAAAAUCCUACCAUGGAGGAGAUGAUGGCCUUGAUCAAUGGCUUAAGGGAGGAGAACGCACGAUCCAGGGAGAGAGAGGAGGCCAUUCAACGAGAGAAUGAAGAGAUCAGGAGGCGAGCGAAUGAGAUGCAGGCCAUGAUAGCAGCCAACGCCAGGACGGUGGAGGAAGAUGUCAUGAUGGAAGUCCCUAGGGAUUUUCGACCUUUCUCGGAAGCCAUAGAGGCCGAGACCAUCCCGAGGGAUCAUCGGAUUCCUCAAGUCGAGCCUUUCGAUGGAACUCAGGAUCCCAGCCAGCACUUGACGAAUUUCCGAGCUCAGAUGCUGAUUUGUGGAGCGAGUAUGGAAGCCCGUUGCAAGCUGUUCAUGGGCACGCUCAAGAAGGCAGCACUUGAUUGGUUUAGUGGUCUCCCUGACCGAUCAAUCACCAACUUCGAUGUCUUUAGUCGGCUCUUCAUGGCAAAGUUUGCCGCUAACAAGAAGAAACCAUCGAUCACGUCGGACUUGUUCGACCUCAAACAGCAACGCGAGGAGUCGCUGAAGGACUUCCUGCAAAGGUUCAACGAGGUCGCCUUGAGGAAAGCGUCGUUGGAUGAAAAGAUGGCAGUCAUCGCAUUCCAGAAGGGUCUAAGGUCUGGAGCUUUCGACAUCGCACUCGAGAGAGCAAAUUGUAAAACGAUGUCGGAAGUGAGGGCUUUCACCCUAAGUCACAUCAAGACGGAGGAAGGACAAAUUAACAAAAGAGCAGCGGAAAGCCGAGAAGCGGGGGGCAACAACAAGGAGGGCAAUAAGCACCUCCGACCGCGCUCAGAUUGGAGUAAGAGACGUGAUUGUUACAACAUUAAGGAGAGUAACUACCGACAGGCAGAUCACGGUGGUCGGGUAAGGGGCGAGUGGACACGAAGCAAUGAGGAAGAAAAGUUUACUCCACUCAACGUCCCUAGGAGGCAGAUACUUCAUGAUGUCAACAAUGCGUCGCUAUUUGAGUUCCCAGCAGCGACGGAGCGCCAAUUGGGUCCCUUCAAGACCGACUGGUGUGAGUUUCAUAGGACUCAUGGGCAUUCCACAGAAAAUUGUUUCGUCCUUAGAAGACAGAUCGAACGUUUGAUCAAGGAGGGACGCCUGAAAAAGUUUUUGGCAAGAAAACAGGAAGAAGGCUCAUCGGACAGGCGACACAGGCGUGCACAGGACGACACAAGGAGGGAUAGGCAUAGAGAGAGGACUCCCCCCAAGGACACCCCAACAAAGUCAUCGGAGGUCCAUCAGCAAGCAAUUCACGGGGAUUUCAACACAGUGGUAGGAGGAUUUGCGGGAGGAGGAGUCACCUCGGCUGCUCGGAAAAGGUACAUGCGCUCCUUCCUGUUAAUGUCGGAAAUCUGCCGACCUCCCCAACCCACGAUUUCCUUCUCGGACGCCGACUACGAAGGGGUAGCUCCUCACGAGGAUGAUCCUAUCAUUAUAUCGACGAUAGUGAUGGGCUAUAACGUGAAGCGCGUUCUGGUCGACCAGGGAAGCUCGACCGACAUCCUCUUUUGGGAAGCUUUCGUGGGAAUGAAGAUCCCCAACGACCGACUAGUACCUUACGCAGGGACCCUAGUAGGUUUUGUAGGAGAUCAGGUUAUGGCUAAGGGGUAUGCCGAUCUAGAAACGACCUUUGGUCAGCGCUAG